AUGGCUGAGACCCUGGCCGGCGCGAUGCCUCCAGUCCCUCGCCAGGUCGGGUGUGGUCAGGUCACGGCCUCCUACGCGGAGUUCUUCACCUCGCUCCCGCAGAGCCACACGCCGCCCGCGCAGUACGCCCACACGUACCCGCAGCAUCACCAGUCGCACCACCCCCAACAGCAGCAGCAGCAACACGCGCCCCAGCAGGAGGUGAGGGCAGGAGGCGCCGCUGCCGCAGACUUCGGCCACAGCAGCAGCCCCCCCAGCGGCGUCUCCGUCGGCAGCUGCCUGAGCCAGCUGGGGCAGGUGGUGAGCAGGUCGAGCCAGCUGGUAGACUACGGCGCCGCCUUCACGCCGGUGGUGACCGCCAACCUCCCUCCAGGAGGAGCCAGCGGUGUGAGCUCCAGCACCACCUCCAGCACCUCCACAGCGACCAGCAAGGGCGUCGCCAUGCAGCAGGGCGCCUACUGCGAGGAGGAGGAGUUGCCGUCCUGCGCCUACGCCCACCCGCACCUGCACAGCCUGCCCUACCUCAUGCACGGCGAAGAAGGAGAGGAGGAAUAUUAUCCAUCCGGGUCUCCGUACCGCGUGCAGCGUCAUGCGGCCAACAUACGCGAACGGAAGAGAAUGCUCAGUAUAAACUCAGCAUUCGACGAGCUGAGGACACACGUGCCGACUUUUCCCUACGAGAAGAGACUCAGCAAGAUCGACACUUUACGCCUCGCCAUCGCCUACAUCGCGCUGCUGAGGGAGCUGCUGACGUCAGAGUUGGAUCCCGUGACGCACAUCGAGAAGGGGCUGAGGGGGGAGCUGCCCUCGGACCAGUGCCACGUCUGGAACACAUCAGACUUGACCGCCCGUCUGUCCUGGAUCAACUGGGAGAACCUCGGCGUCAGUCCAACGCGGCGCUCCAUUUUCUCCACCGUCGGACACAACGCGGAUAGCCUGGCCAACUGA